GAUGUCGAUCCAGAAGAUCCAUGCCCGUGAAAUCCUCGACUCGCGGGGGAACCCAACGGUGGAGGUCGAUCUGCACACUGCCAAGGGCCGCUUCCGGGCUGCGGUGCCUAGCGGUGCCUCCACUGGCAUUUAUGAAGCCCUGGAGCUGAGGGAUGGUGACAAAGCCAGAUACCUGGGCAAAGGGGUAGUGAAGGCUGUGGAGCACAUCAACAAGGAAAUUGCCCCCACCCUGAUCGAGAAGAAAAUUAGUGUUGUUGAGCAGGAAAAGAUUGACAAAGUCAUGAUUGAAUUGGACGGGACAGAGAACAAAUCCAAGUUUGGGGCCAAUGCCAUCUUGGGCGUCUCUCUUGCUGUGUGCAAGGCUGGGGCAGCUGAAAAAGGGGUCCCUCUCUAUCGCCACAUUGCAGACCUUGCUGGGAACAAGGAGCUCAUAUUGCCAGUGCCUGCUUUCAACGUGAUCAACGGGGGCUCCCACGCUGGGAACAAGCUGGCCAUGCAGGAGUUCAUGAUCCUGCCGGUGGGGGCUACCAACUUCAAGGAGGCCAUGCGGAUCGGGGCUGAAGUCUACCACAACCUGAAGGCAGUGAUCAAGAGCAAAUACGGGAAGGACGCCACCAACGUGGGGGAUGAGGGCGGCUUCGCCCCCAACAUCCUGGAGAACAAUGAAGCCCUGGAGUUGCUGAAAAGCGCCAUCGAGAAGGCUGGCUACCCUGACAAAGUGGUCAUCGGGAUGGACGUGGCCGCCUCCGAGUUCUUCCGCAAAGGCAAAUACGAUCUGGACUUCAAGUCUCCUGACGACCCGAACCGCUACAUCUCUGGAGAGAAACUGGGAGAGCUUUACCAGAGCUUCAUCCAGAACUACCCAGUCGUCUCCAUUGAGGAUCCGUUCGACCAGGAUGACUGGGAGACAUGGAAGAAAUUCUUGACUCAGGUGCAGAUCCAGAUUGUGGGGGACGAUUUGACUGUGACCAACCCCAAGCGGAUCCAGCAGGCAGUGGAGCAAAAGGCCUGCAAUUGCCUCCUCCUCAAGGUCAACCAGAUUGGCUCUGUCACAGAGUCCAUCCAAGCCUGCAAGCUAGCCCAGAGCAACGGCUGGGGAGUGAUGGUGAGCCACCGGUCGGGGGAGACCGAAGACACCUUCAUUGCAGACCUGGUGGUGGGACUGUGCACUGGGCAGAUCAAAACUGGAGCCCCCUGCCGCUCAGAGCGCCUGGCCAAGUACAACCAGCUGAUGAGGAUCGAGGAAGAGCUGGCCGAUAAAGCGCACUUUGCCGGGCGCAAGUUCCGGCACCCUCUGGCCAAGUGAGAGCUCCAGAUGGUGAGCACAGGGGGCUGACAGCAACCUCCUCUGCCCGUGAAAACAUGGCCCCAACACUGGUGGGGGCCUUUGGGGUUUAAUCUGUCUCUUAUCCAAACAUGCGUGUAGAAAAUCUGUGGAAUCUCCCCAACUCCACCUUGGGGGCUGAAUAGAAAGGCUGCUGUGCCAAUUA